AUGCCUAAGUUCACAUACAACAACAACAGCAACAACAAUCAUGUACAAAGUAAACAGGCCGCUUCACUUCCAUUACCCUCAGAAGAAAUAUAUAAUGGGUACGGGAAAAAGAGCAAUUGUUCAGAUGCCUGGGGGAGGGAGAAAUACUGUAACCAGACCGCAGUGGACAAUAUGAAGGGAGUAUUAAGUCGGGGAAAGAUAAAUGAUAAUCAGGAGUUGGCCAAGAAAAAUUUGAGAAAUUAUUAUUACGCAUGUACUGUAAAUACAGAGGGUAGUCCAUCCUACUAUGAUCCUUGUAAAUUCCUAUAUUUUUGGAUUGGUCACGAAAUAAAGGAAAAAUUGCAGAAAAGUCUCAAUUUUUCGAAAGCCAUGAGAGACAUUUACAUAGAAUUGGGGAACUUCCCUUGGGACCCUAAGGAUUCUAUGAAAAAGAGGACGUGCACUAAUAUAUACCCUAAUAUUACCACACAUAUCUUCGAAUCGGCUAAAAAUUCUUUUGAUUACAACUAUAACAUUAAAGCUCUACAGAGUAAAUCGGAGUGUAAGGAAUACUUACGCAGUGCACAAUAUGGGCAACUUCUAGAAGCAGCUCAGAAAAUAUAUCCAUGGUUAUGCACUCAUUGUGAUAGUGAUAAGAUUGAAUAUUGUAGAAAAAUGAAGGAGGAAUAUAUGUCGAACGGUAUAAACUGCAAUAGUGGUACCCUACCAGUAUUUACGUGCCCUACAAUGCCUGAAGACGAAGACGAAGAACGUACAUCAUGCUCAGGGGGAGAGGGUUCCUGUCCAUCUAAACCAGCCAAAGCACCAACUUCCACCAUCCAACUAACGAAGGAGAAUUUGGAUAUGCUAGAAUCUAAUAUGAAAUAUUAUAGUAGAUUUAAAGGGGGUUUCGGUUUCUGCCACUAUUGCAAAUUCCCCACCAGAGAAAUAGCCAAUAAAAUAAAAGCACAUUUUACAGAAGAGAAGUAUGCAAAUUUCCUUGCUAGAGUACUGUGCUAUGCUUCCACGAAGAAGCAGGAUGAGGAAUUCGACGAUACGCAUUGCAAAUUUUUUAACUUUUGGUUAGUGUAUUUAUUACAUAAAAAAUUAAAACAUCCUACUACUACUACUUCAUUUUCGACUGUAAUAGAAGCAAUUAACAACCUCCUUGAGAACAUUCCUGAGGGGCAUAAAUGUCCCCUCCCAUACCCUACCCUCAACAAAGACGUCCUCAGCGAAGCCACUGACUUCACCACUUUCAACCAUAGAAGAAUAGUCUAUGAAUAUUUCAUAGACCAUGCUAAAAUAACAGCAGACUUGAGUAGAGCAACACUCACUCCUGAUUCCGGUUCCCCUACUUCCCCCUCUAAACCUAAAUGUGACAAAGCAUAUCAUGAUCAUCUAAAGGCCAUUAAUACAGCAUGUACUGCUGUAACUUCGUACUGCAACGACAGUACAACAAAUAUUGACCCCUACUGUAACGAAUAUAAUAGCAAAUAUAAAACUUUCUGUGAAGAUAAGGACAAACUAGAAAAAUUAACAUGCACCCUUCAGGAAGGAGUGUCUAAGGAGGUGGAAGGAGGGGGGGGUGACCCCCUCCUUCCUUCUUCAGUUAGUUCACUAACUGAAGACGGCGAUACAGCUGCCACCUGCAACGAAGAGUUGACGAGGGAGGCGGUCUCCUCCACGGGUGCUGCUGCUGCCUCUUCCAUACUAGGCACAGUAAUUGGACUACCAACAAUUGUCACCUUCUUUUUAUAUAAGGUAAUUGUAACUAUAGAAAUAACAUAA